AUGGACUUCACCAUACGGCAGGGAUCUACAGGCUCAUAUGAACCACCUACUAUCAAAUUCACAACGUACCAAGCGUUACUUGAGGCCAAGCAGGCAUCAACUGAAUGCCUUUACAUUAAGGAUGUAUCCGCAGAGCAGUUUGCCCUUGUUCAAAGAGAAAGAGGGGAGAAGACUCCGUUUCUGGUCACCAAGAUUUACUCAUUUUUCCUUCAGGAGAUCAUCGCUCAAGGCCUAAAUCAGUCUUGGGUAGGCCUUAAUUCUACAACAUUCACCAAUCAGAACAACGGGAGUGCUGGAGAAGGCGAUGCAGCUGGAGGGCCGUUUGUCGCAGGAGUCGGAGAGUUACAAGACUGGCCAACACUGGUCAUUGAGGCUGGAUACUCGCAGACCCUAAAUCGACGACUAAGAGAUCAGGCGGCAUGGUGGUUUAGGGCUUCAGCCCAUCAGGUGAAGAUAGUUCUUCUGAUCAAGAUGGACCCUACAUCACCUGGGGAAAUACUGAUUGAAAAAUGGCAAGAGAUACCGCCCCAGGAUCGAGCUGGCGCCACCACCACACGAGCCUCUGAGGCCCUUGGGCCAAACUUGAUGCAAGUUAUUAACAUUCGGAGGGUAGAUGACGCAGCCCCAACCGUUCCCCAGUCGUAUGCUGCUGGAGGCGCCCUCCGACUGGAUUUUGCUCACCUUUUCCUUCGCCAGCCAGAGCAAGGAGAAGGGGAUAUUAUAAUUGGGAUUCAGCAACUGCAAUGUGUCGGUGCCGCUCUAGGGGGAAUUAGAGCGCGUCGAACAAUGCAGGUCCGUCAUAAUUAA